AUGAAUUGCAAAGAGCCAAAGUUAUUAGAUGGGGAUAGCCACGGCCAUGGCAAUAACUGGGUUCCUCAAACGUCUACAGACAUAUUCGAUAUCGUUAUCACAGCAUACGAAACACAUGACCUGCGGUUUCCAACAAGUCUGGACUUGUCAGGGUCCGAUGCCAUGAACCCAGGACCGAAUUACAGUUCAGCAUACAUAAUCCUCAAAACAAACACUGCGUUGAAAGGGUACGGUUUUUCGUUCACUAUUGGCAGAGGAAACAACCUCUGUACGGAGGCCGCAGGGAUGAUAGCGGAAAGGCUAAUUGGGAGGUCGCUUGGCGACUUGACACAAAAGAUGGGCAAAACUUGGCGCCAUCUUGUAUCUGACUCACAACUGCGUUGGGUCGGCCCAGAGAAGGGUGCCGUGCAUCUUGGACUCAGUGCAUGUGUCAAUGCGCUGUGGGAUCUUUGGGGUCGCUUUCUGUCAAAACCGGUGUGGCAGCUGGUUGCGGACAUGACUCCAGAAGAGUUCGUAGACUGCAUUGACUUCCGUUAUAUUCUGGAUGCCAUUACUCCCGCCGAAGCGGUUAGGAUAUUGCAGCAGCAGCAGACGACCAAAGCAGCGAGACUCGAGGAUGCAAGACUGAGCAGAGCUGUACCGGCUUAUACCACCCAAGCCGGUUGGCUUGGCUUCUCUGACGAGAGAAUGAUACAGCUUAUUCGGUCUAACAUUGAUGCAGGCAUGGACAAAUUUAAGUUCAAGGUCGGUGGAAAUCUGCAAGACGACAAACGCCGCUUGAAGAUUGCAAGAGACGCAAUUGGCUUUAUCGAGGAACCGACCUCUCCUGACGACAUUCUUGGCCAUGCAGCGAUUCGCGCGGCGUUGAAGCCACAUGGAGUUGGCGUUGCAACUGGAGAGCAUUGUCAAAAUCGAGUCAUGUUUAAACAGUUACUACAGGCUGGCGCGAUUGACUACUGUCAAAUUGACGCCUGUCGGCUGGGAGGCGUAAAUGAAGUACUGGCAGUCCUGCUGAUGGCGAAGAAAUUUAAUGUUCCCAUUGUGCCACAUAGUGGUGGUAUUGGCUUGAACGAAUACACGCAGCAUCUUGCUUUGAUUAACUAUCUUUCUGUUUCGGGGGAGAAGAGCCUACUGGAGCAUAUCAACUCUUUCCGAGAGGUUUUGAUCAAUCCCGUAGAGACAAAGAACGGCUACUUCGUCACACCGUACGAGGCAGGGUAUAGCGUACAAUACAAGCUGGAUGCGAUGGAACGAUACGCAUUUCCGAAUGGCAGCUUCUGGACUAGCCCAGCCGGACAAGCAAUUAUCCACGGACCACAGGAGUAG